AUGACAAGCCAUCCAUGUGCUGCAAGACCAAGCAAGGGCAGCAGCAAGAACAGCAAGAACAUGGCUCUCAACGACGGUGCCACCGCCAUCGCCAUGGCGAAAAGCGAGGUCUUGGUAAGGGAGUACGACCGGGAACGCGACAUGGAGGCGAUCGAAAAGCUCGAGAGGAGCUGCGAGAUCGGCACGGGGAAGGGUUUCUCCAUUGUCACCAACAUGAUGGGUGACCCCCUGUGCAGGAUCAGGCUCUUCCCACUCCAUGUCAUGAUGGUAGCCGAGGUCGCCGGUGGAGAAGGGAAGGAGCUCGUCGGCGUGGCGCGGGGCUGUGUCAAGCGCGUCGCCACCGGCCUCGGCGGCGACGACGGUGGCACCGUGGCCGCCGGCUACAUCCUCGGCCUCAGGGUCUCUCCCUUGCACAGGAGGAAGGGCAUCGGAUCGAAGCUGGUCAAGUCCGUCGAGGCGUGGGCGGCGCUCCACGGCGCCCGCCAUGUCGUCGCCGCGGCCGACGCGACCAACGCCGCGUCGCGAGGCCUCUUCGUCGGCCGGUGCGGCUACGCGCCGGCGGCCCGCCUGUACAUCCUCGUCCAGCCCCUCGCCGACGUCAGGCCGGUGGCGGCUCCCAGGAGCGACGUGAGGAUCGAGAGGCUCGCCGUCGAGCAGGCAGCGGUGCUGUACAAGCGGCGGUUCGGCGGCGAGCCGCUGUGCCCGUCCGACGUGGACGCCGUCCUGAACGCUGCGCCGAGCCUCGGUACGUGGGUGGCGCGCUUCACCGGCGACGGCAGCGACGGCGCGUGGGCGUGCAUGAGCCUGUGGAACACGUGCGCGUCGUACAGGCUGCAGAUGGUGGCGCCGCCGCCGAGGCCGGCAGGCGGCGGCGGCAGGGCGCUCCUGGCGCGGAUCGCCGCCGUGGCGCCGACGCCGCCGUGCAUGGGCGGCGCGGGGGCCGGGACGCCGCGAGGCGCCACAUGCGGCGAGUUCGGCUUCGUCCUCGCCUACGGGAUCGACGGCGAGGGCGACGCUCCCGCCGUGCGCGCGCUGGUGCGCGCGCUGUGGGCGCUCGCCGCCGUCGCGGCGCGCCGCGUGGGCGCCGAGUGCAAGGCCCUCGUGGUCGAGGCCGCCGCCGGCGACCCCGUCGCCCGCCACGUGCCGCGCGGCCGGCGCGCGUCGCGCGUCGACGACGUGUGGCUGGUGAAGGCCGGCGGUGGCGCCGCCGCGCUGCCGGCGGGGAGGACGAGGCGCCGGUUCGUCGAUCCGAGGGACUUCUAG